UCAAUAACUUAACACGUGUGUGAAACAUUUGUCACAUGCUUGUUCUAAAUAAAAGGGUGCUUCACUUCAUUACUAGUAUUAUAUAUAGAGGUAUAGUUAACAAACAAAAUCACAAACAUAAAAACAUCCUUAAUCACCUAACAAUGAAACCUCUUUCACCACUCACCCUUUCCUUUUUCCUCUUUGUUUUCAUCACCAAUCUUUCACUAGCUUUCUCAAAUGAAGAUGUUGAGCAAGUAUUGGACAUUAAAGGCAACCCCAUUUUCCCCGGUGUCCAAUACUUCAUCUUGCCAGCAAUCCGUGGCCCUGCAGGCGGAGGAGUAAGACUCGGAAGAACCGGUGAUUUAACCUGUCCAGUCACCGUCCUACAAGACCGCCAAGAAGUUAAAUACGGUCUACCAGUGAAGUUCGUUAUACCAGAAAUAUCUACCGGUAUAAUUUUCACUGGUACACCAAUUGAAAUAGAGUAUACAAAGAAACCUAAUUGUGCAGAAUCAUCAAAAUGGUUAGUAUUUGUUGACAAUGUUAUUCAAAAGGCCUGUGUUGGUAUUGGUGGUCCUGAGAAUUACCCUGGUGUUCAAACAUUGAGUGGAUUAUUUAAGAUUGAGAAGCAUGAAUCUGGAUUUGGCUAUAAGCUUGGAUUUUGUAUUAAGGGUUCUCCUACUUGUUUGGAUGUUGGAAGAUUUGAUAAUGAUGAAGAUGGAAGAAGGUUGAAUUUGACUGAGCAUGAGUCUUUUCAAGUUGUGUUUAUUCAAGCUGAGGCUAAUGAUGCUGAGUUUAUUAAGUCUGUUGUUUGAAUUUUAGUUUAAUAAUUAAGCUAGAUUGUGUGAGUUUUAGUUCUUGCAAAGUUUUAAGCAUAUAAUAAAGUGGAAAUAUUUGUGUUCAA